AUGUCAGUCCUUUCUUUCACACCGCUUCACCCUAUUACCCUCCACUCCCAUGCGCACAUUAGCCCCUCCCCUUUUCCCAUGUCCAUCCUACGCCGCUUCAAUCUAAACUUCACCAACCACCGACUCCGUCGCCGAUUCGCAACCGUAUCCGCUGCCGUACGUCAGGACACCACAGUCUGGACCCCAGCCCCUCUCUCCGAGAUUGAACCAGCCGCAGAGUCGCUAUUCCACGUGACCAUCGACGUGUCCGACGCGCCAGAGCUUGCCACGUCGCACACACGCGCCGGGCAGUAUCUUCAGCUUAAAGUUGCGAACUCACCGAAACCGUCGUUUCUGGCAAUCGCGUCGCCGCCGAAGCUCGCGAUUUCGCGCGGAGUGUUUGAGUUUCUGGUGAAGAGUGUGGCGGGAUCCACUGCGGAAGCGUUGUGUGCGUUGAAGAAAGGUGAUGUGGUUGAAAUCACUCAGGCUAUGGGAAAUGGGUUCGAUAUUAGUCGGAUCGACCCGCCCGAGAAAUUUGGAACCGUUCUUGUCUUCGCCACUGGAUCCGGAAUUAGUCCAAUUCGGUCACUUAUUGAGUCAGGAUUUGGUGCUAGCAAGAGGUCUGAUGUGAGAAUAUAUUAUGGGGCCAGAAACCUUCAGAGAAUGGCUUAUCAGGAUAGGUUUAAAGACUGGGAAUCUUCCGGUGUAAAGAUUGUGCCUGUAUUGUCUCAACCAGAUGAUACUUGGACCGGAGAAAGUGGCUUUGUACAGGCUGCAUUUAAGAAAGCAAAAGAAAUAUCUAACCCAUUGUCAACUGGUGCUGUCCUAUGUGGACAGAAAGAGAUGACUGAGGAAGUUACAUCUAUUCUUGUUGCUGAUGGAGUAUCAGCCGAGAAGAUACUAAAGAACUUUUGA